GAAGUUUUCAAAUUAUGUCUAAGAGAUGAAUGGUUUCAUGAAUCAUCAUUCUGAGUCAAAUUCCUGAGCUUUGCACCCACCACAUAUCUCUUUUUAGGUUUUUCUUGAGGGGUUUUUUUGAGAGUUUUUAAAGUAUGUCUAGAGAAGGUUGGUUUAAUGAAUCAUCAUCUUCUUCUUCCUUGAAUCAAAUUCCUGAUCUUUCUUUACAAAUAAGACCUCCAAAUAGUGCUCCUUCUUCAAUUUGUGCUGCCGCAAAUGAAGCAGAAGAAGAAGAUUCGACCUUUGAUAUUUGGCGAAAUGACCUAAAAUCUCACAGUGAUACCUCCAUUAAAGCUCGUGAACAAGCUGCAGCAGCAGACACUGAGCUCUCUCUCGCCAAUCCGACCCCCUUCGACCUCGAGGCCGAGAGCCCCUGGAGAAGAAGAAGAAGCAUACUUGGAGCGGGAACCGAUAACAAUACUGUUCGUCAUCCUGCCCAAAUGAAUCAUCUCAAUCGUGGAAUUUCUCUCCUUGAUGUUUCGGGACUCAAACCCAUAAAAGGGAUUCCAGUUUACAACUUGCCAUAUUUUGAAGCUCAAAGAUCAGUGGAUCCUAAUAAAUUUCGAUUCUAUCAAAUCCCAUAUUCUUCAUCUUCAUCUUCACCUUCUAUCCUCGGCUCAAGAGAUAACAACAACAAUAAUAAUAUGAGCUCGUCUUUCGGAGGUUAUAGAUCAAUUCUAGGAGCUGCUGCACCGAGGUUUAACAAUGGGAUAUCAUCUAUGGAGCCGGAGUUUCAAUAUGGAGUUGGUUCUUCGGAGUUAUGGAAUUGCAAGAUUAGAUCAAGAUUCAUCCCAAAUAAGCUUAACCAAAACAAAAGGAACACGAGGGCUCCAAGAAUGCGUUGGACUAGCUCUCUUCAUGCUCGUUUUGUUCACGCAGUAGAGCUCCUCGGCGGCCAUGAAAGGGCAACUCCAAAGUCAGUUCUUGAGUUCAUGGAUGUCAAAGAUCUAACUCUAGCUCAUGUCAAAAGCCAUUUACAGAUGUAUAGAACUGUUAAAAGCACUAACAAACCUGGAGCUUCUUCAGGCAAUGAAGAUUUCUUGUCAGUAGCAGCUUCUCUUCAUCAAAAUGAUAACUGUUUAUUCAAUGAGAGUGGAGUUUCAAAUGUGUCACCGGAAUAUGACAAUGGUGACCCUUCUAAUCUAAGGAAUGAAUCAUCUAGUGGAGGAGGGGAUUGGCUACAAAACAGUUCAAGUAAUCUGGAUGAGCAUAGAUCAGAAACAAGAAUAUCUGAAGAACAAUCACCUGGAUUUCGAUCUCAGGGAAGCACUUUUGCUCAACCCAGAAGCACUUUUGCUCAACCCAGUUUAGUUGUUCAUGAGCAGAAUCCAAGCUUAGAGUUCUCCUUAGGAAGAUCCAACCGCUGCAGCAAAGAACAUGACUGAACUAAGUAAAUUAAUUAUCAUAUCUUAUAUAUAAUUAUAUAACUAUAUUAUAGAUUGAUGCCAAUUUCUUGAUAAAAGAAAUAAAUACCAAGAAAAAAAAAAAAAAAAAGAAGAAUAGGGUAUUGUAUACAAUUAACUUUGCUAGUCAUUUUCUGAAAAGUUGCAUGCAUGUGUGUGUUUGAUUAAUUUAUUAUGUUUUUGUUUAUUUUUUUUUUUAUUCUUUUGAACUAAUUUUCAAUUAGUGGGGUCAGUUGGGUCAUUAUCCAUAAUGUGAAAGGGCGACAUUAAAGGAUAAAAAAAUUUAUUAGUUUACUUUGUGAUAAGCUGUAAAGCAAUGGAGGUGA